CACUCGCCAUUUACGGCUGAUCAUUGCUCGCGUUUAAUAUCUGGUAGAUGUUACCGAUCAUGAGCACUAGAGCCUACACGAACAAGACGAGUGUGAGCACUUCAGUCAGUCAUUCAUCGCUUCGAGGGGCCUGCUCAUUCAGGUGACAAGUUUGCUGUUUCCCGCCCACUGAGAAGCAACGUAUACAUGUAUCAUUACACCUGCUGUCAUCUAACGAAGUUACCAUCCUUUUCGUCUCGGGCCUACAUCCGACUGCGCCUGGUGCACAUCUGCACCUUGAUUGUUCUCUAUGUCUUGUCUCCGGGCCUGUUGCAGGCGCGAUUCCCAACCAGGAUCGUAUGCUGGCGGCAGUGUCGCUGUUCCUAUGGUUGACACGUUAUCGUCCAGCGAACCCUGGUCCUCUUCUCGAGGUGGUACAUCCGUUCCGAUGGUGCACGAGGCUGGACCUGCGGCCCCAGCCACCGCCCUACUUGACGGCGAUGUCAUUCGGGUUUGCGACACGGGUUCCAUCUGCGAGACGCCCAAGCUGGAAGUCUGUCCAUGUCUCGUCGAGACGGAUGGAGUUGUGUCUAUGCGUUGGUACGUUUAUCAGUUCGCACAAAGAAGCUAGAUGGGUAUGACAUACGAUUCGUUGCAUCCCUCUGCGCCAUGUCCGCGAUGUAGUCAUUCCACGCCUCCUUGGUCUUCUUCUCACGUCUGCGCCAACUCAGGAACACUAUGCCAGUUAGGAUCGCAAUGCCAGCAACACCUCCGACCACGCCUCUCACCACUGCGCCGGUAUUCGCGUGCGAAGACGAGUUGUUCUGAGUUGAUGUCGGGUUUGUACUGGAUGAAGUACUGGAGCCAGUUGCCGAUGCAAUGGCGGUGCUCGGGCAUGCCUGUGCAGUGUACAAGGCUGAUGUGUUUGAUCCAGCCACGCUCACAUCUCGGCUCGCAAUGCCGACUGUAUACUCGCUUAUUUUGUCCAUACAGUAAGUUCUCC